AUGGCUGACUGGUCAGAGAUCUUUGAGCAGCGCCUGCAAACGGUACUGCAAGACGACAAGGAGCAGGGUGCGAAGGGAGUUGGAAGCGGUGCGAGUGCCUUAUCUAGCCGCGAUCUCGAUUUGACACCGCCACCGACACACCACAAAGUGCCCAUCGACCCGACUGGUGCCUUUUUUGAGUCAAUUCAGAACCAGAGCCGGUCGUCUAGCCUUGUCGCCAAGGCUACGAUGACCAACCAUGCCGUUGGCAGUGGACACCAUGCCUUUCAAUAUUUCGAGCCGUCAUCAGCGUCGUCAUUCUCUUCGUUGCGUACCGUCGUCACCCCGGCCGCGCAGAUACUUCGGACGGCAUCGACAUCUCCUCCUGUGAUCGAAAUUGACCGGCCCGAUCUCACAGGCUUGCAGGAAAGCUACUCAAGCCGGGCAGAGGAGCUGCACUCGGAAGCCACCAACCGCAUGGCCGCUGCCCAAGACGAGCUCGAGGCUGAACUCGGCCGCAUGGCUCAGCGGGAGGAAGCGUUUCUGUCCAAUGUAGCGGGCAAGCAGGCACACUUUAGCCGGUCGGCCGAGUCCUGGAUGGUCAAGGUGCAGACGCGCGAGAACACUGGACGCGGUGACGUCGGUGGCGGAGGUCCCGUGGAAAAGGACGAGCGGAUUGUCGACCGCAUUGAAAUGGUCCGUGCCGCCGCCGUGGCCUUGGAGAGCGACCUCGAGAAACUCUGGAAAGAGUGGGACCAGGCGCACAACGAGGCGACGGACGUGUUGCAAGCCAUGACGAGCGAGAACGAGGACGAAGAACGGGACCAGAUUCUCGCCAAGGCCAAGAAGGAGCUCGAUGCAGCGGCAGCGGAGGCCACCAAAGAGAUGAAGGAGAACGAAAAGACAUUCAAAAAGGCCAUCUUCGCCGAAGAGUGCAAGCUUGCGCAGAUGAUGCUGUCGAGACAGUCAAAGUACGAUUAG